AUGUACCGCGCUUUAUUCGCCUCCUUAGGCGAACGACAAUCGCCGGUUAAUAUUUCUUCAGAUACGGUAAUAUGUGAUCCAGAUAUGUGCCAGCCUUCAUCGAUGAAUUUGACCUAUUACGAAGGGGACUGUGAGGAUGUCAUUGCUGAGCCGAGCACUUGGAAGAUGAGGACGAGUGGUCAGUGCAAAACUAGUCUUACUGCAUCGCAUCUCCCAGGCGAAUUUCGACUGUCACAAGUGCAUGGGCAUUGGGGUAAGACAGCCGAUUGUGGUACAGAGCACACAUUCGACUAUCAACAUUACGCAUCUGAGGUACAUUUCGUUUUUUGGAACACCACUUAUGAAUUCAAGGAGACGUGCAAUUAUCCAGAUGGGAUAGCUGUCGUAGCUGUGUUUCUUACGGUCGGUAAGCACAACAACGAUUACGCGCACAUCACUGCAGCGUUGCGAGAAGCCGUUCGCAGCCAAGCACCUUCAGCUGUAUCAACGAAGCUUGAUCUGACUAAACUCCUUCCUAUAGGUUUGUUCACUAAUUUGUUCCCA